AACAGUAAAUUUUACUAGAAUUAACCUGUGUUGGAACAUGUAAAGUUUCGUAGAUAAGUGUUCUGGGUAAAUAAGUUAAGUCAGAAUGUAGACGUACUUAUAGAAUAAUGAAAAUGGGAAAAAACAAAAUGAUAUGUAAUACUCAAUAACAGACAAAAAUCUGCAAUCAAAUUUUACCAAACGUGCGCAUUAUGGUGUUUUUUAUCGUUUAUGGUUUUCCAAUAUUAAACUAAAGCUAAAGACGUAAAGUUCAUGAGAAGGGGAAUACCCAACAACUGAACAAGAACAAUAUUGGUACACUGGAAAGGAGUGCAAAGAAGAGCUAUCAGAAUGAUACCUGCUUUGAAAAUCUGCCACAACAGAAUACGAUUACCAGGGAAUGGCACAGCACCAAGGUAUGUCACCAGAUGGAAACUCAUCUAGUAUCCAUCCUUCAAUGGCUCAACUUGCAAUGUUACCAGCAGGGCUGAAUUUAACAAUGAAUACUGCUAAUCAGUUAAUAGGUGCAGGGUUACAGGGAUCACCUUUUUCAAACAACAGUGCUCCUCGUCACUUCCCUCAAGGAACACCGCUGAUGGCAUCUUAUCCAGCUGGUAGAGGUGGUGGUGGAAAGAUGAAGAAGAAGCCAAAAGUGAAUAAAGAUGGCAUUCCUGCUCCAAAACGUGCCACCACUGCAUACAUCAACUUCACUCAGUGGUAUAGAGAAGAGAUGAAGAAAUCAGGAAGACAAGUACCUCGGAUUGGUGAUUUUGGUAAAGAAUGUGCUGCUAAGUGGAAUUCUAUGUCAGAGGAGGAGAAGCAGCCUUUCAUUGAUGCUUCAAGUAAAGACAGAGAACGCUAUAGAAGAGAAAUGGCCAUUUAUAAGCCUGCUCGUGAUUCCAACAAACCUAAAAGACCAGGAACAGCCUUCAUGCUGUUUAUGUCUGACUUUCGAAAAAGAAUGGCAGGGAAAGAACCAGAGGGAGGUGUAGCAGCUAUGGCCAAGUUAGGUGGUGAACAGUGGAGAAACAUGACUGAAGAAGAGAAGCAGCCUUAUGUUGAAAAACAGAAUGAAGCCAAAAUAAUAUAUGAACAAUCAAUGGAAGAGUACCGUAGACAGCAAAGUACUUCAGUUCAACAAAUGGCCAAGCAGCCUAAUAUGAUGAUGAUGCAGCUGGAGGAACAGGAUGACUCUGACAGUAAGGACAUAGCACAGUCUCCAUCAGGAAACUCUGCUUCUGCUUCCCCUCCUGCUGCCCACUCUGUCAGCCCUGCCACUUCAGGGUUGUCUUCCAACAUUCCUUCAGGCCUUUCACCCAUGCCACUGGCCCAAAUGACCCCGGCUCACUCUGCAGCUCUCCAAAUGGCCUAUGGUCAACCAUCAGUUGCUGCUCUUCCCAACUUAUCUCACUUGGGAAACAUCCUGAAUACUCCCAUUAAUUAUACUCAGGCUCAUGCUGCCAACAACUCUCCAUACAUGGGUAAUAGCAACAACAGCUACAACCAAUCGCCACAGUCUGGUCAAUACAGCUGGUCAUGAGUAGCUAGCUGAUGGCAACAACUCUUCAGUUGAGAGGUCGCUACCAUGGAUAGCUUUUGUAAUGUGUAAAAUCUUACUUAAUUGCUGUGCUGCCAUUGUUUGUUUAUUUUUUGUACCCAUUAUGGUCUGGGCUGAGUUUUUGCACUUCUGUGUUUUGUAGAUGUAGCUAAGUUACUGUCACUGCAUGUACAUGGUGGUUUAAAAGUCAUUGAUAGCCAUGAGAAUCUUACUGAUUAUUUUUUUUAAAGAUAAUUUCUCAAAUAUAAUAAGCACCAGUUAGCUUUGUUUGGUAAAAAUUUGUUAUGGAGUACAAGUCUUGAAGUUGUUCCAGUCCUUCAAGUGCACUUGAUAAAAAUUCCAGUGUUCCAGAAAACUGUAGAAAGAAAACGAAAGUGUUGGCACAUGCUGUUUCUGUUGGUAGCUAAUAGCUGACACUUUUAUUGUAAAUUUUUUUAUACGUUUUCAUUGUCAUGUCUUUUACUUUACUGCUUGUAAUCAUAGUUGAUUAUUUAAAGAAAACAAAAAGUUUGGUCACAACUUGAUGUUUAUACUACCAUGUACAACUUUGUUUUGUGAUACGAGUUGAUCUGCACAGUGCAUUAUAUACAUGUGUAUAUAUAUCAACUUGUAUGUAAUGCUUAGUUUCUCUAGUACCAAGACUGUUGACUGAGAAAGGGUUACAUAUUUUAUUAUUAUAACACCAGACAGCUAAUGAUUAAAGGUAUUAAACAUUGUGAAUGAGGCUUAGAAUAUCUACAUAUUUAUUGUAUUUCAAAGUAUUCUACUGUUUGUUUGUUGUAGCAGGUUUUUGUUGUUUUUUUUCCUGUCAAGUGCUCCUGCCAGAAAUGUUGAAGAAAGAUUUGACAGAAGUGCAGUAGAUUUUUUUUUUACAUAUCUGUAAAACUUUAGUUUUCAUACACGGUAAUGGAAAAACUGUUCAAGAUGCUUCCUGUGGUCCCUAUAUAUAUGAUAGGGACUGUUAAAUAUUUGUUUAAUGUCUCAUGAUUCUCAGUACAGUGUAGCCAUUUUUCAAAUAUAUCUGUAAAUAGACAUGUCUGAUAAACAUUUCAUAGCAUGUAAUUAUUAGUAUCAUUAGUGUUCCUCUUUUUUAAUCACACAAUCAUACUUUGAUAUUACAUGCUUACUUGUGUAUUUAACCUACUGUGGCUCUUUUUUUUUUUUUUUAGUAUUUGGAUGAUAUUUGUGAUACUGAGUUAAAUUUUGCUUAUUAUAAUGAAAAUUAUUGUGCCAUUAAACUGACACUCUGGGCUUGUAAUACUGCUUACUCUGAAGUAAGUCUGAACCUCCCCUUUCAAAUGAGGCCAUAAGUGGAGUGUAUAUGAGUUUAAAUAUGUGUGUGUGGUUUUUAUUUCAUUAACUCAAUCUUUAUGUCACAUAUGAAUGAAGUAAGGUGAACUUCAUUGUAAAAUCAAAAGUUGAAACUCUUGUUUUGUUUCUACUUCUUCUCAGUAUUAGUUUGUUUCCAAAGAUUUUAAUUUAUGCAGACUCUUAUUAACCUUUUUUUUUUUAGUAUAUGCUACUUUGGUAUGUUGAUCAUUUGUAAAAAAAUACAGUAAUCUCAGUUUUAAGGUAUGCCAAAGUUUCAUAGCUUUCAAUGAAGCUUGUUGUUAGAAUUGUAUUUAUCUUUUUAUAGAUAUAUAACCAACCAUCUCAGUAAAUGUUUGUUUUUAACUGGGACCAAUGCACAGUCUUUUUCAUUAAAUUUACAUUCCUUUUCAAAAUUGUAGUUUAUUAAAACAGAAACUAAUUUUUAUGCUCAUGCAAUACCCUCGUAUAUAUCGUUUUUCAGUUAAACCAAGUUAAUUUUAAGCAUUGUUAUAAUUAUUUUAGUAGAACCACGAUUCAUAAGUUAAGGUUGUAUUAUUCAUAUGUACGAAGUUUUUCACAAUUCAUUGUAUAUUUUCAAAUGUCGAACUUUUAUGUCUUGCGUGUGUUCUUAUUCGAAUUGUAUUUAUACUUUAAAAAGUCCUUACAAUUUUUAUGGAUAAAUGGGUAGAAAUAUUUCACUGCUUGUAGAAAUUCCAGUUUCUCUUCGUAAAAUGACAAACAUGGAAAAACUGCACCCCAUUUAUGUAAUAAUAGCGUCAUAUUUUCCACUUGGAACAAAAAAAUGUCUUAAAUAUUUUGCAAAACAAGUCCGGUAAAUGGCAGGUGUUUUUUAUUUACAUUAUCACAAUUUUUGUCACCGUGAAAUUGUAAACUUGUGUUUUACUAUUUAGUAUAAGUCACAAGAGAUCUUAAAUAGGAGUACAUGCAGUGGGAGGAUCCAAGAUGCUUUCCCCGACUCUGUACACAAAGUGUAAAUAAAAGGAUGCUGGUGCCGGA